GGGCGGCGGUGCGUGCAGGAGCAACGGGGCUGCACUGUUACAUCCAUCGACCCCGUAACUACCGCCCUAAUUACGCCCUUAAUUUGACGCGGGGCUCCGGACCGUGUAUCGGCCAGCCUGAUCGAUCUGCCAGCCAUGGACACUGUCACUGCGCAUCCCCGGCAUGUCCUCGCUCGGCACAGCGCCCGCCGCCCCCCCCCAGCCCCUCCCAGACACCGUGUUCCCGCUCAUACAUGAAGUCCAUGCCAUCGUCACCCACGCCAUAGACACUGCUCUCGACUGGGACCAGCUCAACUCCCCGCCCGUAAACUACACCCUUGUCAGGCCUAUCGUGCAGCGUUUUGCCCCCAGGCUCGAGCACCGCGCCAAUGCCACCGGCCUCGCGGAAUCCACCGCCCCGGAUGCUGGCGAGCUCGGUGCAUCACCACGUCCAGUGUAUCAAGGGCCCUCCCUAGGCGAAGUUUUGUAUGCGCUCAUGGCCAACCGAAUCCAAUUCAUCACACUUUCCGCCGGCGAUUUGAGUUCUGCCCCGUUGCAGACUUGCCGAGCGGCGUUUUGUGAACUCCUAGCUAUCAAGGUCCUCCGUUCCCAACCGUAUGCUCAAGAUGAAGCUGCCCUCGUCGGACAGCUUGUCCACGCCUAUUGUGCUUUUGAGGGCGCGUCUGACGAAGUAUGGGCGAGUCUCGGCGAGGACAGGAAAGAUGUUGAAGAAAUGACCAGCAGUGCGCUUGAACUCGCCAUCGUCUCUACUUCUAAAAACCUGCUUUCACUCCCUCUUAUCCAGCAUCUUGUGAACCUCAUCUAUUCUGGCCACUUGAUCUAUUCUCCCAUUUCCUCCCGCUCCAUCAUCUCCGACUCGUACAUUUCUGAGCGCACUCGACAACGUCGUCGAGCAUAUGGCCAAUCGGGGCCUUCAGACUUUACUUCUGUGCAUAGUCACGCCCAUAUCAACGAUGAGGACUUGCGAGAAGUCUAUGUAUACAACCCGUAUCAGGCUGGCUGGCUCGAUCAUUCCAGGCUCAAAGUGCCAAAAUGGAGAAAAAGUAUGGAGUUUACAAGUUUCGUCAUCCUCCUUGCCCUUUUCGUCUCCACUCUUGCCUGGAGGGAUCUCCACCAUCUCACUGUGGUGGAGAUUAUCUAUAUUGUCUUUUCUUUCGGCUUCAUCCUUGACGAAUUUGCAGCUUCCAAAGAGCAUGGUUGGGCAGUCUAUGCUGCAAAUGCUUGGAACGCGUUUGAUAUGGGAUACAUUGCCAUAUUCCUCUUAUACUUUGGCCUUCGAGUCAUUGCUCUAGCUUCUCAUUCUACCAAAUCAUCCGACUUGGCAUUUGACAUUUUAGCCUGUGCUGCGUGCAUCACCUUCCCACGAUUAGUAUUCUUCGUGAUCAAAGAGAAUGUCGUCAUUCUUGCACUUCGAGGCAUGGUGGCUAGUUUUGUCAGCUUUAUGACUGUCACCAUUCUGGCAUUCACUGGCAUAUGUUUUUGUCUCUGGACCCUGGGACGUGCUACAUGGACUGUGAAGCAGAUUGUAUGGCUGAUGGCUCAGAUCUGGUUUGGAUCCUCAUACCUCGGUUUCUCUGCGAGCGAAUCCUUUCAUCCGAUCUUUGGCCCCAUCGUGCUCAUUUCUUAUGCUGCACUGUGUAAUGUGCUUCUGAUUACAAUGCUCAUUGCCAUUCUCUCAAACAAGUUUGCUGCUAUCAACCAGAACGCUCAACAAGAACACCUUUUUCAAAGAGUGGUCAAAACGGUUGAAGGAGUCAAGACCGAUGCCCUCUUCUCUUACCUCCCGCCUAUCAACAUUCUUGCCUUUGCCAUCCUUGUGCCUCUCAGCUGGAUUGUUUCAGCUCGGACUUUGCAUCGGAUCAACGUCUUUGCCAUCCGCUUAACUAAUUUUCCAAUUUUGAUCGCCAUCUCAGCGUAUGAGAGAUACACUUAUCGCGCCAAGCAGAGGGCCAUUCACCUUGGGGCCUCUACGAUGGAUCGGGGGGGUACGGAUGUUCAAAGGCCCAGUCUUCUCGAUUCAUGGCUGGGAGGCGGAUCCGAAUUCCUCAUCGCCUCGGCCUUUGAAGUCGGCCCGCCCGUUUUUCCUUCCCCCACCAGCAGCGCCAAUCAAAACUCACCAGGUGGGCCCAAAGCCACGACUAUGCCAUUUGUAGAGGAUGACGGGGCAGCGACCACCACCACCACCACUCGGGCACGGGAAGCACCCAUCCUGAAAGCGGUAAAGAAAGAAAAGGACAAGAAGAAGAUCAAGACGUAUGAUUCUCCCCUUGCCAAGCUGUUUGGACGACCUACAUUCUCUGCUUCGCCAGAAGAAGAAACGACACUGAAAGACAAGGGUGUGGAUAAAGGUAAAGAAAUCAGAGCGGUUGAACAACAGCAGGUGAUUAGCGGCAAAGAAGGAGAUGUCGAACAGCUGAAGAAGGAGGUCGAAUUGGUGAGGCAGAGUCAGUUGAGGAUGGAGGAGAUGCUGGCCGGGUUCUUGGCGGGUAAAUCGGCGUGAGAAGCAGCAUUAGAAAGUAUGAUCUAUAUAAAGGAUAUGACGGACGGGCAAAAACGAUCUUGAUUAAAUAUUAGGAUUGAUUUUUGUCUUGUCGCUUUUUUUGUAUUGAAAACGAUAGAUGCAAAUGCGGCAAUGAUGUCCUGUGGCGUUUGAAAACGACGAUCGCCCUGAUUCAUCUAGUAUCUAUUAUCAAUUCGUAGGAACACGCUACAAUGGUCUAUGCUUGUCUAAUGUUUGCGUCCAUGUAUUCCAGUCCCU